CGCUGCUGAUAAACGCUGCUGACGCGCGGCGGGUCUGUGUUCUUCUGUCCGACAUGGAGACCGGCUGUGGGAUGUUGUGGCUGCUCCUGGGCGCCGCGCUGGGCUCUGGAAUGGGUCUGGGUGAGGACCGGGCUGUGUUCUGGCCUCCCGGUUCUCUUGGCCAGCUGUCGGAGUCUGAUCCCGGCCUGCAGGAGGUUCUGCGGUGGACCGAGGAGCGCUACAACCGGGGCUCCAACACCCCGCAUGUGCGCAGGAUUAGCCGCUUCAUUUCUGCCUCCAAACAGUUGGUUAAAGGUACCCGCUACAUCAUAACAGUGGAACUGAGUAACACUCGGUGCAGGAAAUCUGCCGUUCUUCCAACAUGUGACUUCUAUGCUGAAGCUCAUAAACUCAAGACGGAGGUGUGUUUGUUUGAGGUGUGGGACAUCCCGUGGCAGGGCACGUCCACCCUGCUCAAACAGAAGUGUCAACCAAAAGUUGAAGCUGAAGCCCGACAGACUAAUAAGGUGGAGGAGCCGACUAGCAGUCAGCCUCUGGAGGAGUCUGUGGAGCUGUUGGGCCAGUUUAAAGACUUCAUGAUUCAGUACAACAAAGUCUACAGCAGUCAGGAGGAGGCAGACCGGCGUUUGCAUAUCUUUGUCCAGAACCUGAAGACAGCUGAGAAAAUUCAGUCUUUGGACCAGGGGUCAGCUGAGUAUGGCAUCACCAAAUUCAGCGACCUAACUGAGGAAGAGUUUCACUCCACAUACUUGAACCCGAUGUUAAGCCAGUGGACACUGCAGCAACCAAUGAAGCCUGCCUCACCUGCCCGUGGCCCCGCCCCUGCCAGCUGGGAUUGGAGGGAUCACGGAGCAGUCAGUUCUGUUAAGAACCAGGGGAUGUGUGGGUCUUGCUGGGCUUUUUCUGUUACUGGUAACGUAGAAGGCCAGUGGUUCCUGAAAAAUGGAACGCUCUUGUCACUGUCUGAACAAGAGCUGGUUGACUGUGAUGGGCUGGACCAAGCGUGCAGAGGCGGGCUGCCGUCAAAUGCUUAUGAAGCCAUUGAGAAGCUGGGUGGACUGGAGACGGAGAGUGACUACUCCUACACGGGGCACAAGCAGCGAUGUGGGUUCAUCAGUCGUAAGGUUGCAGCCUACAUCAACAGCUCGGUGGAGCUGUCCAAAGACGAGAACGAAAUUGCUGCUUGGUUGGCAGAAAAUGGUCCCGUCUCUGCUGCUCUAAAUGCUUUUGCCAUGCAGUUCUACAGGAAGGGCGUGUCUCACCCUUUCAAGAUUUUCUGCAACCCCUGGAUGAUCGACCACGCCGUGCUGUUGGUGGGAUACGGAGAACGUAAAGGUAUCCCAUUGUGGGCUAUCAAAAACAGCUGGGGAGAGGAUUAUGGAGAGCAGGGCUACUACUAUCUGUACAGGGGGUCCAGUCUGUGUGGGAUCAACAGGAUGUGCUCCUCUGCUGUAGUCGGCUAAACGAUGAACACAAUGCACACGUGGACACGCAUUCAUCCACAAUGUAUGAAUUCCACAUGAAAGUCCUGCUGACGUGAUUCAUAAUAGUAAUAAUUAAACUAAUCUAGCAGUGUUCCGUCACCGUACCUCGCACCUCGUGUCAGUUUAUCAAAGACUACUCCAUUUCCUGUCAUGCUGAAGUUUUUUUUAUUUUUAUUUUAGAGUAGUUUCUUGUGCGCACUUCACUCCGUUAGACACGCUGGUCACAGUGAUUGCUGUGUUUUGAGCAAUAUUGUUUUAAUCCGAGCAUCAUCACAUUAACCAGUUUGAUAAAGAAAGUUAGAGUUUUUGUGGGUUCACCGAACUGCUUUGUUACAAGGAUUUGUACAGUCAGAGAUUGUUUGGAAUUUUUGGCAGGUUUGAGUUUCCUUAUAUUAGUGUUAUUACAUCAUAAAUGUGAUGUCAACGUAAUAUAUGUAUAAGAUCAAAGAGAAAUGAUUCAUUAAAUUUUAAAAAGUGGA